AUGGUGCACUUGAAGGAUGUUGAAGAUGAUAAAAAGAUGAUGGUAGUCCAAUUCCUUCUUCAAAACUCCAAGGAUGGCAAACCCAAAUAUGGCAAAAUGAAGGAUGCCGACAUCAAAUUCAACUUGGGGAGGCGCACGAUCACUCGUUUCUGGGCUGAAGCAAAGAAACAAAAGAUGCAAGGUCAGCUCAUCAAUUUAACAUCCACAAAAAGGUAUACACCACGUUUCACAAAGUGUGUUCAGAUUGACAUAGAGCAAAUUCAGUCAUUGGAGUUGUGUAGAAGAGGUACAAUUAGAAAGCUAGCAUUUGGAAUAAAGUGUAGCAAGAGCACAGUGGGAAGGUGGGUGAAUCUAGGGCUAAUCAAAGCACAUGUUAGUGCCAUUAAGCCUGAUCAAACUACCCCUAAUAAACUUCUCAGGCCCAUCUUCGAUGAGAAUGGUAAUGUGAUCUUUGAUGGGAAAAUAAGCAUUUUCCCAUUCAUAGAAAAAGUACCAGCCAAGAGAAGAAGCAAGAACACAAGUGCAGGGACUCUAGAGACAAAACCAUUGCAGUCCAUAACAAGAGUGGUGACAAAAGAAUGCUUCAUCAACAAGAUUGUACCGGCUAUUAUGGCUAAAUGGCCAGAGAGUGCAUCAAAGCAGGCUGCCUCUCAAAAAGGCUUUGAUAUAAGAAUUGUUCACCAACCACCCGAAUCACCGGACACGAAUCUCAAUGACUUGGGAUGGUUUAGAGCAAUUCAAAGCAUUCAAGAGAAGGCUGUCUGCACAACUGUUGAUCAAUUAGUGAAUGCAGGGUGCAUGAUAGAAACAAUGCGAAUGAAAGGUCAUAAUGCCUACAAAGUGCCACAUAUGAGCAAAGAUGCUCUAAUUAGGCAGAAUGCCUUGCUAAUCACAUUGGAAGUUGACAAGCAACUUGUCAACGAGUGUAUCAGUCACAUGAUAGAGGCAGGGGAAGAAGAAAGAAUACAACAUCUUAUUGAAAAGUUGGGAUAUGGAUAUGAGGCUCAAAUUCAGCUCUUUGAAGCCUAG